UUGAAUGUUUUUGUUUUGUUGCUAUCUGUGCCGUAAAGUUUGCCGGGUGUGAACGCUUUUUGGAUUGAUUUUACAAGCAAAUAAUACUUUAAAAAGAUCAUUGUACAAUGGAGCGGUGCAUUCAAGCGAUACUGUCUAUAAUUCCCGAUAAAUCAUUGCUGCUAAACCGAGAUUGUGUAAUAGUAAACAAACUUUACCAUAAAGUUCUUUCUGACGUACUAGAACCAUUAUCGAAUCGAUUAGACCGGUGCAAAACUGAUCGUAACAGCUUUUCUACAAAUUUAGUAAAGAUCGGUCUAAUGUAUGAUGUGGUAUAUAAUCGCUUACACACUGGCCAGUGGAAUGCCGUUGAAUCGGGUGAUAGAGAAAUGUUUACCAUCCUAACGUACGUGAGGAUCGUUUAUACGUUAUGCGUAUCAGAAAAUGAUGUUGAUUCCAUAAAGGAUGCUAUUUAUUUGGCCGAUCUCGGUCUCAUGCUUGGAUGUCCUAUCGAAAAAGCGGACACGAGCGCUACCACUACCGACAUACUCACAGAGACGGCAUCAAAACUCACCAACCAUUUAGCUAAAUUCAGCACACAGGAACCCCCUUUGAAACGUUUGAGGUUGGAUGUGCAGGUAGAAAACAUUAUCGCGGGCGAAAGUGAUUCGAACACCGUUCCAGUAGUAAGCUGUCCUUCGAUCGAAUACUUUGGAUUAUGUGUUCUUACUAGGAAGCAAUUCUACGACCUGAAGCAGCCGGCCAUACUUAAAGGAAUAAUCGAUGGCUGGCCGGCAAUGGAACGAUGGCAUGAUCCCAACUAUCUUCUGAACAUCGCAGGCGAACGGACAGUACCGAUUGAGAUUGGUUCACAGUACAGCAAUGAUGAUUGGUCUCAAAAGCUUAUGAAGUUUCGAGACUUCGUCAAGCAAAACAUCUGCAACGAAGAAGCAUCCAAUCCAGCAGGAGAGCAACGUGCAGCCUAUCUAGCGCAGCAUGAUUUGUUUGAUCAAAUUCCCGCCCUGCGUACGGACAUAGCCGUCCCCGACUACAUCGCACGUACGGACGCACGUCCACGCAUCAAAGCGUGGUUUGGUCCGAAGGGCACCGUAUCACCACUUCACACCGACCCGUGCCACAAUCUUCUGUGCCAGGUUUUUGGCGCUAAAGUUAUCAUCCUCGCACGACCCGAAGACACCGAAAAGCUUUACCCACGCGAACACUUCAUACUGAGCAACACCUCCCAGGUGGAUGCGCGCCAGCCCGACUUUGAACGGUUUCCACUGGCGCGUGAUGUAUCGUUCUACCGGUUGACGUUGCAUCGCGGGGAAGUCCUCUACAUACCUCCGAAAUGGUGGCACUAUGUCGAAUCACUGUCACCGAGCUUCUCGGUUAGCUUUUGGUUUGAAUGAUUCGUGCUGAUUGCUGCUUGUUAUGCGACGUGCUGCAAGUGAACGGUACCCCCGGCCUAAACACUUAUCAAAACAGCAUCCCCAGCGUAGAAUGGUAUGAGUUGGUCGGGGUGGACGAAUCGACGAAACCGGAAACGAAAUCGAAUAUGCUGUUGCUUCGUCAGCGCUCUGAACGCACGAAGCGAGAACGACGGGAAUUGUAAGCACAUGCGCCAUGGUACAGCAUCCUCAGGAUAACAGAAGUCCUUACCACAGUGCCCAACGAGAAAUAUUCGAUAGUCGUACAUCCGAACUUUCUUAAUACAUUCUAAGGUAAGUACUGAAAAUAGUAUACUUAGGCAAAUUUCAAAUAAUAGUUUUGAUAUAAAAGACAAUGCCCUUUGGAUGCACCA